CCUGAGAAGAACUGAGACCGGGGAAAAUAAAUUAGGAAGAGACUAUGUCUGUGAAUGAUGAUGGGUAUGUGGUGAGAAUUCGGGGCUUGCCUUGGUCCUGCACCCAGGAAGAGGUGGCAGGGUUCUUCUCUGAUUGUAACAUCGUCGGGAAAGUGAAUGGAGUGUGCUUCACGUUUUCCAAAGAAGGAAGGCCCAGUGGAGAAGCUUUCGUGGAGCUGAAAUCAGCAGAGGAUUUUAAAAAAGCCAUAGCAAAGGAUAGGAAACACAUGGGUCAUCGCUAUAUUGAAGUUUUCAAGUCAAACCGUAGCGAGAUGGACUGGGUGUUGAAACGCAGCGGCCCUACUGACUACGACAGCUGCAGCGGGUGUAUGAUACGUCUCCGGGGACUUCCUUUUGGCUGCAGUAAGGAGGAGAUAGUGCAGUUCUUUGCAGGUACAUACAUAGGAUUACUUUACUUAAACUAUGAAUGCAAAAACAGGCCUAUUGCUGGAUUAGAGUUCAGUUUUCAAGUAAGUGCAUGACAAGCAAAUACAAUUAAACAUAAUUAAAUCCGUAUUUGGCUUUAUAAGAAUGUGGUGACUUAGUAUAGCAUGAUAUUCAAUCUCUUAUUGUUCAAUAACAUACAUGCACACAAAUGUACAAAUAUCUGUUUAUAAAACCACAUUCAAAGUCACCACAUCUUCUGGAUGGCAUGAUGCUGCUCUGAUGUUACUGUUCUUUGAAUAACAUGAAGUCAAUGUGUUCAUGAAUAAAGUUCAGCAGUAUGUUCUUGGGUCUUUUGGUGUGUCUAAUACUAAGAGAUAUCACAUUGAAAUAGUCAAAUAAAAGCGGAAUGGGUUUUUCUUUUGUACAUAUGGGAAUGUUGCAGCUUUUAACAUGUCUCCCCUUGUGGGGUUAUUUGUCCUUGGGUUAAAGGGUUGAAAAUCGUGCCAAAUGGGAUAACAUUGCCGAUGGACUACCAGGGGAGGAGCACAGGGGAAGCCUUCGUGCAGUUUGCCUCAAAGGAGAUAGCAGAAAAGGCACUGGGGAAACACAAGGAAAGAAUAGGGCACAGGUGGGGACGGAAAGUCUGGGCUGGGUAUUAAUUUUAUGACUAAUAUGGGGCGGGGGGUCAUGCAUCUUUCCUAUAAGUUAAAGAUGGUAUGAUCAUUCAUAAAUCACACUUUGAAUACUUUUUUUGGUUUUGUUACUUGGACAGUUACCAUGCUUAAUCUGGGCAUUGUCUUCCAUUGAAUUUAUUUGUCAAGCAGUGCAAUGGGGGAAAAGGGAAUUAAGAUCAGUGCUGCACAAUUGAGAGCCUUGACAGUACAAUAGAUAUUGUAUGACAGUACCACCAUAGAGCUGUUAAUAGCUGAAUUGUGGGAACUAGGCUAUUUAUGUCAGAGUGCCUUCUAAUACUGCAUCAUGAUGAAAGUGCAAAGUAAAAACCUGCUGCAAUAUUAGCAGUGUAUGUGAAAGCUGUGCCAUAUUGUUACUGCUAUUGCUAAAAUUAAUAAAUUGUAUUAUUCCUUGCCCCUCUAGAUGUACAAUAAAGCUAUCUGUUUGACCCCAACUAUUUGGCUUAGAUAAAGUUGCCCAUAUGAAAUCAUGCACAAUGUCUUGUCUGCUGAUGUUCUCCAUAUGGCUAUUGUCCCAUGUAGUGUUCUUGUCAUAACCCCACCUGCAUUUAAACCCAUUCAGGUACAUAGAAAUCUUUAAGAGCAGCCGGAAUGAGAUCCGGGCUUACUAUGAGCUCCCCAGAAGGAUGAUGGGGCAGAGACCCAGUCCCUACGACAGGCCCAUAAUGGAGCGAGGUGGGUUCUUCCCUGGUCCAGGACGAGGGGGUGCUCUUUUGGACCAAAUGCGUGGAGGAGGCUACAGUGGGGGCUAUGGCGGAUUUGACAACUACAAUGGCUUCAGUAAUUACUGUUUUGGCAAUGGCAUGUUUGAUGACCGAAUAAGGGGCGAUAGAGGAAGAGCUAUAGGUGGCCAUGGCUAUGGUGGUGCAGGUGAUCAUAACUCCCACAGCAGCUCCCACAGCGGCUUCCACAGUGGCCAUUUUGUACACAUGAGGGGCCUGCCUUUCCGUGCCACUGAGGGAGACAUAGCCAAUUUCUUCUCCCCAUUGACUCCUGUGCGAGUUCAUAUCGACUUUGGACCAAAUGGAAAAUCCACAGGCGAGGCCGAUGUUGAGUUUAGGUCUCAUGAAGAUGCUGUUUCAGCUAUGUCGAAGGACAAGAAUCACAUGCAACAUCGAUACAUUGAGCUCUUCUUAAACUCGACUGCUAGUGGAGCAUCUGAAAUGGGCCGCGGCGGCGGUUUCUAUGGUAACUCAGGAGGCAUGGGCUUGAGACGGAGUGGACUGAGGGGGAUGUUCUAAACGGGAGUAAUCACCAUUCUAAACCAAACGUUCAAGUCUUGAAGAUUUGUUUUGUAUUUGAAUGUUUUCACAUGUUCAGAAAAAGUACCUACUUAAAAUAUUUUCCAGUCUCAAAGAGUGGAAUAAAAAGUAUAUAUUUGAGCAGUUGCAUAGGCUAACCAACUAUUGUACAUUUUACUUAAUACAUUUUAUAUUUAA